UCAAAUGCAAAGAAUCCGUUUGAGUUUGCGAGCCCGUCGUAAUGGUGGCCGUUGAAGUAGAAAGUGUCAAAUAACCAUGUCCUUAGAGACCCGUUCGAAUUCGGCCCUUUUCAAGAGGGCCGAGCAAUUGAAACGCUGGGAGGACUCGGACACGAAUCGCGAACCGGUGUAUCCAAAACAGACUUCGCGAAAAAUCAAGUUUUCCUCGGGAUGUGUGUUCUUGGCAGCGUGCGCCGCGGGUGAUAAAGAAGAGGUUUUGAGGCUGCUGGACAACGGUGCUGACAUAAACACUGCCAAUGUUGAUGGCCUGACGGCUCUUCAUCAGGCCUGCAUCGAUGAUAAUUCAGAAAUGGUCGAAUUCUUGGUGGAUCACGGUGCGGACGUAAACAGAGGCGACAACGAAGGAUGGACACCAUUGCAUGCAACUGCAAGUUGCGGUUUUUUAUAUAUUGCUAAGUAUCUUAUUGAAAAAGGUGCCAACGUAGCCGCGGUCAAUAAUGACGGAGAGCUGCCGAUAGACAUAGCGGAAUGUCAGAAAAUGGAAGAUUUACUAAACGAAGAAAUUAAAAAAAGAGGAAUCGACUGUGAAGCUGCUCGUAACGAAGAAAAACGUAUAAUGCUUCAAGACGCCAAGGAGUGGUUGUCUACGAAAAGUCCGAUGGUCGAUGAACCACAUCCAAAAAAUGGAGCGACUGCUUUACAUGUGGCCGCCGCCAAAGGCUAUACGGACGUUAUGAAGUUGUUGCUUCAGUGCGGAGCAGACAUUGAUUCGCAGGAUUUUGAUGGAUGGACACCUCUGCAUGCGGCUGCACAUUGGGGUCACAAAGACGCUUGCCAGAUUUUGGCAGAGAAUCUGUCGGACAUGGACGCAAAGAAUUACGUCGGUCAAACCCCAUUUGACUUGGCGGAUACGGACAUGCUGAAGUUUCUAGAAGAUCUCAAAGACAAGCAAAACAAAGAAGACGUGCUUAACAGGCGACAAGCGAAAAAAAGAGUCGAACUACAGGAUAGGACUACCGAAACAGAAACCCCAAGUAAAGUUAAAAAAGUGGAAGUUGAAGUUAACAAAGAGGAAAAAGAAGACAAUAUUGAAAUGGACGUGUCUAGCGAAAGCGAAUCCGAGACUGAAAGCAGUUCUGAAACAGAGUCAAACAGCACUGAUGACGAAAAGAAGAAUAGGGUAAAUUCCUUAGAUUCAAUUAGCAUAUCAAAUAAAAAUACAGAACCAUCAAGACUGCCGCCUAACGUGCCUCCUAAACAAUUAGUGGAUACUAAUAGCGAAGAUAAUUUACCUGCGUGGAGAAAAAUUAAUUCGCGACCAACCAAAGCUGAUUUACCCAAUCCACUUAAAACAACUGGAGAUAUUAGUUCAGUUGAGCCUGUGAAUAACGAAAAUGACGUCACCAUUCGAAAAGCAAACAGUUUACAGGCGGACAAAGAGUUCUACUCGAAAUAUGAGGAACUGCAUGCACGCAUUAAGGCAUAUAGAAAUUCCAAUGACAUAAUAAUUCCUUAUUCGUCUAGACCUCAUUCUGACAUUAUCCCAAAUUCCUAUAAAAUAUCUCAGCAGCAUUACAGUACUAAAGAAGAUAACGAGAAUAACACCACAUCCGUUGUUAGUACAACGACCACACAAACAAAAACAUCACCUGUAGCGACGAGUCCGUUAUCAAAUAAUCAACCGCUUAGAAGUGGUUUAAAAUUACCAAUUGGCACAAAUCAACCUAUCACUGUUACUACUAGCACAGCCACAGUUACAACUCCCACAACUCCUGGUGGCACUAGACUACAGAUGUUUAAAAACUUCUUUAAAUCUUUUGUACCGCCUGUUCGGGACGAAGAGAGCGAAACUCAAAGGAAAGCUCAUGCCAAACGCGUUCGCGAAACGAGACGUUCCACUCAGGGAGUGACAUUGGAGGAAAUAAAAUCAGCUGAACAAUUUGUCAAAAAGAAGAACCAACCGAACCAUAAUAACAAUAACAACGAUCAAUCUGGAGCUAACGGGGAUUCCUCUAACGGAGUGAGUGUAACCGCUACAAUAACCACUGCGACACCUACAGUUAUAACACGUGAUACUGAAGAAAAUAGUGCUGCGCACGAGCGCAGACCUUCUUGGAGACUGAAAAUAGACAGUAGUAGUAAGUUUAAACUGGAAGAUGCCACCAAACCCUCCGAAACACCAAGCACUCCGUCCUUUGUUCGUCGCACCGGAGUACAAACCAACGCAAAUCCUAGGCCGUCGUCGGCUCCGGUGGAUACAGCCGAAACCACAAUAACGUUGCCUUUAAGAAGACCAAAGUCACAAGAGGAAAAAGAACAAGAUAAAGAAAACGACGUUCGAAAUGCUCAAGCCACUCUUGCUACUCAAGCGGCCAUCCAGCGAAGGCGACGACCGAAGAGAAGAUCGACAGGAGUAGUGUCUUUUGAAAAUAUGGAUGAUAUGGACCAAGACAAGGAUCCAUCAGGGGGGGGCGAUUAUGAAGAUAAUUCCAAAGUAAAUCAUGAAGAGAGUGGUAACGAUAGAUCCAGCCGUUCACGAUUGGGAAGCACGUCGGAUAUUAGGAACGAAAAUGGUGAAAUAGACUACAAAAAACUGUACGAACAAGCUCUGUCUGAAAACGAUCAGCUUAAAGAAAAAUUAAAAAAGACAGACCAAGAGUUGCGGGACACAAAACAAACAUUAGAAAAACUCAAAGUUGUAACUAGUAAAAAUUCAUUGUCAGAACUUGAAAAGAGGGAACGAAGGGCCAUGGAACGCAAGCUGAGUGAGAUGGAGGAGGAAUUGAAGCAGUUGGAUAUCAUGAAGGUAGAGAAUCAAAAACUUAAGGACGAGAAUGGAGCGCUUAUUAGAGUGAUUAGUAAGUUAUCAAAAUAGCAUAAACCUUAGAACUUUUAAUUCAUCCUAUUGCAUUUUACGUUAACGGCGACUUCAGUGCUAAUACUAUUUCAUAGUGUGAAGUCGUUUCCUUCCUUUUCUGUUGUAACCAAGUAUUAUUGUUACUUUAAUUUAUUGCAAAUGUAGUUGACUAUUUUAUAUGAAACAAAUGACCAUACAUCCGCAUAUGUUGACAAAAAUUGUGUGUUAGAUUUCUUAACAGAUUAUGUUUUAGUAGUUUGCUGGUUGUGUGAUAUUAUGAUAUAUAUUUGCUUCUUUUAACUUAUUCGUGCGUCAGGAAACGUUUAGGAAAGACAUGGAACUCUUUUUAAUCAUAUAUAUAUUGUGUAAAAAUUUCGUUUUAAACCAACAGACAUGUCAAUUUCAAGUAUAUUUUUUGUACGCAGACAAACUUGUAUUAUAAUAAUUGUAUUUAAAUGUAAUGUACUUGUGAAUAACUUAUUAACAGUUGUUGUGAUUUUAAUGUUAUAAAAUAUACAUACAUUAAGUAUUUGUUUUCUUGAUAUUUUUUAUGAUACUUAUGGUGAAUGUUUACCAUUCAAGAUAGGUAUUGUAAAUUUGUUUUCCUUAUAUAAUGUACAAAAUCACUUUUAACAAAAAAAAAAAAAAUGUUUAAAUUGUUAGAAUAUCUAGUCCAAAGAUAAAAAACUUGUGACAAAUUUUGUUAAACACUUUUCACUUGUUAAUGUUGAACUGUCAAAGGCUAUACUGAUUCUAAUAAGAUCAAGUUUAUAAAUUUUAUAUAUCGAUUUGCUCCAAGAGUUGCAUAACUAAUAGUGAACUAAAAUUUUCAGUUCGCACAAAUAGUGUUGUCUUCAUUAACGGAGUUUAAAUUUGUGUAUGAAAUUCUCCUUGUUUCUAAUAUUUUAAUGUCGUUUCAUAGAACUUGUGCCUUGAGUUUCUUUGUAUUUAUUGCAUAUUUUUUUAGUUACUUUGUAAAUUAUUUUAUGUAUUUAUUCAUUGUUUAGAGGCUGGUAGUGUAUAAUGUGAACAUUGAUUUUAUAGCUGAUUCUUUAAUAAAAACCUUAAACUCCUCAGGAGUUAAGAACUGUAAAAA